GAACGCUUUUCGUCCGCAAUUUUUGUUGUUCAUAGAAAAUAUAUAUGUUAUUUAAAAAAAAAUGUUCUUGUUUGAACCGUCAAAUAUUCAGUGGUAUCUUUAACAACUAAAACCUGCCAGUAUUUCGAUUUAUAUUGAAAAACAAAACAAAAAUGUACUAUCUGAAAAAGUCGACAGUUCAAUGUAAAUAAAGAUUCGAAAACCUAUUUUUAAAAUAAAGAUUAGAAUUAGUUUCUUUCUAAUCAACUUUGUCCGCCGAAUAAUCUUGAGUCUGCAAAAACUUGCAAACUGAUAACUUAUCUCAUUUUGAAGUGAAAAUUCGUAACCAUGAGCCGAAAAUCAACUCAAGUCAGUAGAAUAGCGAACUUAAGGGUGAAAAGACGGAUUAUUUUUAACACUCUUUAGCCAAUUUUUGAAUCGUUAUUAUUCUUAGUGUAAAAUACUCUUAAUAUCAAAUCAAAAUGCAAUCGGUAAAAACUAAAGAACUUCCGGAGAAUCCCAAAGAGCGAUCUAAUUUGUUUUCGAAAUUAUGUUUUUGGUAUACCAUACCCAUACUUAUGAAGGGAUCCAAGGACAGCCUGGAAACGAAAGACAUUUACAAGACUUUGACGGAGCACAAGUCGGACACUCUCGGCGAUAAAUUGUGCUCGUCAUGGAACCAAGAACUUAAAAAUAACAAGGAAAACCCGAAACUAAUACGCGCUCUGCUUCGGGUUUUUGCUUGGAGAUUCGGAUUUUAUGGACUUUUUACAUUCAUCUCAGAGUUGGGAUUCAAAACAUUUCAGCCGAUGAUCUUGCUUAAACUUAUCUCAUACUACACUAAAGGCUCAGAAUCCGUUGAGAUGGGCUACUACUAUGCGGGUGGUCUGAUCCUGUGCAGUGUCCUCAUAGUAGUUACCGUUCACCCAGUCUACUUCGGCAAUCAGAAUCUCUGUUUUAAAAUGCGUGUGGCCAUGGGCAGCAUGAUCUAUCGGAAGGCGCUGCGGCUGAGUAAUCGGGCACUGGGUAACACAAUGUCUGGAUAUGUGGUGAACCUUAUAUCAAACGACUUAGCCCGUCUGGGUGGACUCCCCUUUCAUGCUCAUAUGUUGUGGGUGGGUCCACUAGAAACGCUGCUAAUCACCUAUUUGAUGUACCUAGAGAUUGGGAUAGCAGCCGUGUUUGGAGUCGUCUUCUAUUUACUCUUCAUACCCCUCCAGAUGUAUCUAGGCCAGAUUACCUCAGUGCUGCGACUGAAGGCUGCCAAAAGAACGGACAAGCGAAUGCGGAUAAUCAAUGAAAUCAUCUCGGGCAUACGAGUGAUCAAAAUGUAUGCCUGGGAGUUACCCUUUGAACGAAAGGUGGAAAUGGUCCGAAGGAAGGAGAUAAACGCUAUUCGCCAAGGCUCAUAUAUAAAGGGAAUUGGCUUUGCCUUUGGAAUAUUCACCUCACGUGUAUCCAUAUUUCUAAGUUUGGUUGGAUAUGUGAUCUUGAGAAAUCUUUUAACACCAGAAGUUGCCUUCCUGGUUACUGCUUACUUUAAUGUAUUACAAUACUCAAUGGCCAUAUUCUUUCCAAUCGCCAUAAGUCAGAUGGCAGAACUCCUGGUUUCUUUAAAGCGCAUAGAAAACUUUAUGCAACUCGAGGAGGUCACAAAGGUAGACAGGAUACAAAAUCGUCCAGGAAAAGGACCUUCUGUUGAAGCCAAGAUACCUCUAAAUGAAGAGGAAGAAAGUCUUUUGCCCAAAACGGUCUCUGCCGGUAAUCAUCAUCCAACUCCUUUCGAUUCCAUUAUCUCCAUCACAAGACUUGAGGUAAAAUGGGACACUAACUCACCAAACAACACACUUAGUGGAAUAAGUUUGGAAAUUCUUCCUGGAACAUUAGUAGCCAUAACGGGUAGCACAGGAUCCGGGAAAUCUAGUCUCCUUCACGCCAUUCUCGGUGAGCUGGAAGCUCAGUCCGGGCAGAUCCAUGUAAAUGGCUGCAUGUCAUACAGCUCCCAGGAGCCGUGGCUUUUCGCCGGCACCGUUUGCCAGAAUAUCCUCUUUGGUCAGCCCAUGGAUCGCAGGCGGUAUGAAUCGGUGGUGAAGAGGUGCGCUCUUGAACGAGACUUUGAGCUCCUCCCAUUUAAGGACAACACCAUUGUUGGAGAUCGAGGAGCUUCUUUGUCCGGUGGCCAGAGAGCAAGGAUUAGUUUGGCGCGAGCUGUGUAUAGAGAAGCGUCCAUAUAUUUGCUGGACGAUCCCUUUAGUGCGGUGGACACCAGUGUGGCCCAUCAUAUCUUCGAGCAAUGUGUGCGAGGCUAUUUGCGAGGAAGCACAGUAGUCCUAGUCACUCAUCAAUUGCAGUUCCUGCAGCAAGCAGAUCAGGUUGUGAUCAUGGAUAAGGGCCAAGUGAGUGCUGUCGGCACCUACGAGUCACUCCUUAAAAAGGGAGUCACCGUCCUUGGUCAAGCGGAGAAGGAAGAUAAUCCGGAAGAUAAUCUGACCAUCUGUAAUAUUCCUCACAACGAAGUGCGACGCAACAGUGAAAAAUCGGAGCAGUCCUUCCAGGAUAAAAUCAAUAUGGAGCAACAAAAAUCAGGUGGCGUCGGCCUGGCCCUUUACUGGAAGUACUUUAAGGCGGGCGGUGGAAUCCUCCCGUUUCUUGUCAUGGCUUCCAGCUUUGUGGUUUUGCAGGGAGUGAUCUCAAUGGGCGACUAUUUUCUGAUAUACUGGAUGAACAAGAACAAAAAUGCGGUAGCGAAUAGAGAUCAAAUAGUGGAUGAUUUGAGUGGAUCUACUUAUUCUGAAAAAACGGACAUCUACAUAUUCACAGUAAUCAUGGUCCUGACCAUUAUACUAAGCCUGACAACCGCAAUUUUGUUAAUCAACAUGGCCAAGAAGGCGUCGAUUUGUUUGCACAAUACCAUGUUUAAAACACUCCUACGAGCCUCCAUGUACUUUUAUAAUACCAAUAACCACGGCCGCAUUCUUAACCGAUUUUCCAAGGAUAUUAGCCAAGUAGACGAGAUACUGCCUCCGAUGAUGGUUGAUAUUAUACAGAUUGCCUUUUUGCUAGUUGGCAUAAUAGCCAUGAUAGCUAUCGUCAAUCCUCUGUUACUAAUUCCAACAAUGGUAAUUGCAGUAAUUUUCUAUCAGAUUCGGAAAUUCUUUCUCAAAACAUCGAUGGCUUUAAAGCGAAUUGAAGCAACUACUCGAUCCCCCGUGUACUCACAUUUGGCCACUUCUCUGUCUGGACUGACCACCAUCCGUGCUUUCGGUGCCCAAAGCGCUCUAGAGUUGGAGUUUGACAAUUACCAGGACAUUCAUAGCUCCGCAUUUUUCAUGUUCAUUAGCACAUUUCGCACUUUUGGCUAUUGGUUGGAUUGUAUCUGCCUGGUUUAUAUAGCAGUAGUUACUCUUAGUUUUUUUGUAUUUCCACCGGCUAAUGGAGGAGAGGUGGGUCUGGCCCUAACACAGGCAAUGGGCUUAACUGGCUUCGUGCAAUGGCUUCUGCGACAGUCCGCUGAGUUGGAAAACACAAUGGUUUCUGUUGAGCGAGUGCUUGAGUAUGGGAACAUUGAGUCGGAAGGACCAUUGGAAUCUCUGUCGGAAAAGAAACCAUCCAAAUCGUGGCCCGAGCACGGCGAAAUAGAGUUUGAUGAGCUGAGUCUGCGUUAUGUGCCAGAUCCGAAAGCGGAAAAUGUGCUUAAGUCACUGAAUCUCGUCAUUAAGCCUAAGGAAAAGGUCGGCAUUGUGGGACGUACUGGAGCAGGCAAGUCCUCGUUGAUCAACGCUCUCUUUCGACUGUCCUACAACGAUGGAUCCAUCCGCAUAGACUCAAGGGACACAAAUGGGAUGGGUCUGCACGAUCUGCGUAGCAAAAUCUCGAUUAUUCCUCAGGAACCCGUUCUGUUCUCCGGCACACUUCGAUACAACUUAGAUCCCUUCGAAGAGUACAGCGAUGACAAGCUGUGGCACUCCUUAGAUGAGGUUAAUUUGAAGGAUGUGGUGGGCAAUAUGACCAAGGGCUUAGAAACCAAAAUCACCGAAGGGGGGUCCAACUUCAGUAUGGGUCAACGCCAGUUGAUCUGCAUGGCAAGGGCCAUUCUUCGCGAAAAUAGAAUCCUUGUGAUGGACGAGGCCACGGCCAAUGUCGAUCCCCAGACGGACGCUUUAAUCCAAACCACCAUUAGAAACAAAUUUAAGGACUGCACUGUACUUACGAUUGCCCAUCGCUUGAACACUAUUAUGGAUUCGGAUAAGGUUCUGGUAAUGGAUGCUGGACGAUCUGUGGAGUUCGGGACACCCUAUGAGCUUCUAACGGGGGCAGAAGUGUUCCACGAUAUGGUCAAGAAAUCAGGAAGUGACACCUAUGAUGACUUCUUUAAGAUCGCUCAAAAGGCAUUCGAAAGUACGCAGAAUGAGAGAGUUUCAUCAUAAUAUUUUGAAGAUAUCUAGAUAGAUAUCUUUUGUCCGCAUUCUAGUUUCUUUCUUAAGCGGACAAACAUCACUAACGCUAUGCUUUUAUAUACAUAUAAUUUUUACAAUUGGAUUACUUUUAUGUUUUUAUGAGAGUGCAAAUGAAGGAAGUCUUCACAUUAAUUUCACACGUGCGUAAUGUCAACUAUUAAUUUAUAUUAUCUUUUAAUGCUACAAUUUUUAUAAGAUGUAAUUAGUUCCAGACAAAACAGACAAGAAAAUGUGUAUUUCAUAUCCCUGACUUUUUUUUUAACUAUAAGCCCUUAAACUAUAAACGAAAUGUUAUCUCAUAAAUAAACCUUAAUACCGUUCAUUACAGUACCGAACAAAGCUAUAAGGCGGGCAGACGAAUUGUUCUAUUUAUAUAUGUAUUUUCUUAUCGUCUGAAACAUUAUUUAAUAAGUAUAUUAACGUGUGUGCUUGUAUUUUUAAUAGCUAAUUAAUAGCUUUUUAACUUGUGUUUACGAAAUAAGUAAAUUGAUUAGAUAAGACUCGAAAUUCUGAUUGUUAUCUAUGCACCUAUCACCUCACCUAUGCAGUUUUGGCGCUGUUAAAUAAUCUGAAUAAUGUUGUCAAUAAAAAAUAAAUGAUAAAA